AUGAUUGAAAUGUAAAGUUUGAGUAGUUAGACAGGGAAGACAAAGUUUUCUUUAUUAAUAGAUGCUUCUAAGACAUUAAGCUAUAAGGAGUUAUUGAAUUUGUCAUGUCGAUUUGCAGUAUUUGAUAUAAAAACACUUAGUGCAAGUUUGUAUGGUUAAUUUAAGGAAGUAUUCGUAAUAAAAGCAUAAGCAGUUACGGUAAUAAAAUAAGAUAAUAAAAGGAAUCAUAAGUUGAUGAGAUCAUUUCUUUGGUAGACUUUAUCCCUGGAGCAACAACAUCUUAGAUGAUGGUAGCUUUAGGAACAAUAGCAAAGAAGAAUGCUUUAGGUGGUAUAGUGGCAUUAAUAGGAUUUGCUGGUCCUGGAGCUGUAUUAUUAGCAAUUUUAGGAUUUAUAUACAGUAAGUAUCCAGAUCCUAAGGAUUUGAACAUUUUGAUAUUUUUAGCAAUUUAAGGAAUAAAAGCUAGUACAGUAGCAUUAAUAUUAUAGUUAAUGAUUUAAAUGGCUAUGUAAUCAAUAAAAAGUAGAAUUCAUAUGAGUUUAUCAGUUUUAAGUGCUGUUCUACUUGUAGCUUAUUAAUAAUCUUAUGUGUUAAUAUUGACGAUGAUGAUGGGUGGGAUUCUAACGAUAAUGUUAGAAUAUGAUGCAGAAAACACAAUAGGUCGAAGUACAUUUAUAAAAGAGCAAACAGUAACUCCAGUAAUUACAACCGAUCCUAAAUUAAUUAAUAUAAAAAAUAGUCAUAAAAUUAGUUAAUUGUUAGGAAAUAAAUCAUUUUACUUAUAUAUAAUCUUUUUAAUUGCAUUACUUUAUUUUAAUUCAGCAUAUAAAUCAAUGAUUUUAGAUAUAUCUUUAUCCUUUUAUAAUAUAGGAACAUUUAUGAUAGGAGGUACACCAAUAACAUUACCAUUUAUGUAUGCAGAGACCGUUUUAAAUCCUUUAUAUAUAAAUGAGGAUGCCUUUUGGUUAGGAUUUGGAUUAGCAGCUGCUUUACCAGGUCCAUAUUUAAAUUUUGCUAUAUUCUUAGGAACUCAUAGUAUGGGUUUCUCAGGAGGAGUAUGUUGUUGGAUGGCCAUUUUUGUACCAUCAAUUCUCUAAAUAUGGGGAUUAUUACCUCAUUGGGCAAACUUUAAAACUAAUGUAUAUAUGACCAGAUUUAAAGAAGGAGUUAUUAGUGUAGCAAUUGGAUUUCUAGCAACUACUGUUUAUUAUUCUUGGGUAGAUGCAUGUAAAUAUGAUAUGUCAACAGCAACUGUUAUUACAUUUCUAAGCUUGAUUUAUGUGAGUCUAUUAAAUUUUAACAGUCCAGCAGUCAUCUCACUAGGAGCAGCUUUAUUUAUAACUCGUUAUUUAGCUUUAUGGUAUUAUCGAGAAUUAGAUCCAUCUAUAUUUUAAGUAUGA